AUGACCACCAAUACUGAUGAUGUCGAACAUUUAAUUAGCUGCAAAAACAUAUCUGCCGAACUGGCCGUUCCCCAGGUAAUACCCAUCAAGGACGUCCGCGAAUUUAUGUCCAACUCUGAGAACUACAAUGGUAACAUUGAGGACCUCAAGGACAAACUAGAUGCUAAAACCCAACAAUGUAAAGGGGUACUCAAGCAUCUGAAUGAAAAACUGCAGCUCAAGUUGUCCACACUCGACAAGGUCAAGAAGGAUAUGUUGACCCUGGCUGAUGACAUGAAGAAACCAACAGCAUCCAAUCGAUUUUUAAUUAAUCACGAAAAGAUCACACUUAAUUAUUUGGACGAGGCCGAACCAAAGGAAUGUGAAUUGGCUGAGGCCUUGGAAUGGAUCAAUCUGAAAAUGGGUUCGCUGUACUGUGAGAUCGUUGGCUUGGAGAGCGACGUGGACUAUAUUACCUAUCUGGAGCGCAUGUCGGAAUUAAAUAUGAAAACUGUGAUUGAGUUUUAUGAAGGCGAGAAUAAGGUGGAGCCUGAAAAAUUAACUGUUUUGUUUAAUGCUUAG